AUGGCGAAUGCCGAAGUGAGCGUCCCUGUGGGUGAUGUGGUGGUUGUACCAAGUGACGCCAACGAAGGGGAGAACCCGGAGGAUACCAAAACCCAAGUCAUCUUGCAGCUCCAGCCGGUGCAGCAAGGUUUGUUUAUGGAUGGACGCUUUCACAACAGGAUUUACCAAGAGGGCUCCGAGGCCAGUGCCGCCGUAGUGGCCGUGGAAACCCACACCAUCCAUAAGCUCGAAGAAGGGAUCGACCCCAGCACCAUUGAAACAAACGAGGAAAUCGAGAUUGCCUAUCCCAUCACCUGCGGGGAGAGCAAAGCCAUCCUGCUCUGGAAGAAGUUUGUCUGUCCAGGAAUCAAUGUCAAGUGUGUAAAGUUCAAUGACCAACUAAUCAGCCCGAAGCAUUUUGUUCACCUGGCUGGAAAGUCUACCCUGAAGGACUGGAAGAGAGCUAUUCGCCUUGGAGGAAUCAUGCUGAGGAAGAUGAUGGACUCGGGGCAAAUCGACUUCUACCAGCACGACAAAGUUUGCACCAACACCUGUCGAAGCACCAAAUUUGAUCUCCUGAUCAGCAGCGCCAGAGCACCGGUGCCAGGACAGCAGAGCAUGGUGCAGACUCCUACAUCAGCUGACGGGAGCAUCACCCAGAUCGCGCUGUCGGAGGAGAGCAUGGAGGAGGGGAUUGAGUGGAACUCUGCUCUGACAGCUGCUGUCACCAUGGCCACUGAGGAAGGCAUAAAAAAGGACACGGAUGAGAUAUCGGAGGACACGCUGAUGUUCUGGAAAGGAAUAGCUGAUGUGGGGCUGAUGGAAGAAGUUGUGUGCAACAUCCAGAAGGAGAUAGAAGAAGUCCUAAGAGGUGUCCAGCAGCGGUUGGGUCAGUCUCCCUUCCAGAUGACAGAUGCUGCAGUCUUGAACAACGUUGCCCACACGUUUGGCCUGAUGGACACAGUCAAGAAGGUUCUGGACAACAGGAAAAACCAGACAGAGCAAGGAGAGGAACAGUUUCUUUACACACUGGCAGACUUGGAGCGGCAGCUGGAAGAGCAGAAGAAACUUGCCAAGGACCAGAAGGCAAAGUCUCAAACUAUCCAGAAUGUGGUGCUGAUGCCCGUCAGUGCUCCCAAACCCCCCAAGAGACCCCGCCUGCAGCGCCCGGCCUCCGCCACUGUCCUCAGCCCUUCCACCCCCAUCCAGCAGCCUCAGUUCACGGUCAUCUCACCCAUCGCUAUCGCGCCUGUCGGACAACAGUUCUCUGUGGGCAACAUCCCGGUGGCAACCAUUAGCCAAGGCUCCAGCCCAGUGACUGUUCAUACUUUGCCCUCUGGUUCCCAGCUAUUCCGAUAUGCCUCCUCCAAGACCAACUCCUCUGACACGGUCACCCUCCACCCGUCCUCCAGCCUGGCCCUGCUGAGCUCGGCGGCCAUGCAGGACAGCGGUGCUCUGGCGAACGUGGCAGCUGUGGUCAACCCCGUGGAACUGGUGGCCAUGGAGUCUGGCCUCACUUCCACCAUCCAAGCCGUGGAGGGCACCUCAGAUGAUGGUCAGACCAUCAUAGAGAUCGACCCAGCGCCGGAUCCCGAAGCGGACACAGAUGAGUCAGAGGGUAAAGCUGUCAUCCUGGAGACGGAGCUGAGGACUGAGGAGAAAGUGGUGGGAGAUGUGGAGGACCAUCAACACCAGGUCCAUAAUGUGGAGAUUGUGGUUUUGGAGGACUAAUGGAGAAGGCAAGCGUCAGUCUGGGGAAGAGUUGGGAAUUUGUUUUAUUUUGGGCUUUUUUGUUCAGCAUCUUUUCCAGCCCCCCCAUUUGUUUCCAUGGAUAUUUUCAUUGUACUGUAUAAUAUAGAGAUAUA